AUGGAGUACCGCCCCAGGUCCGGCCCGCGCUACGGCCACAACAGCUACGGCGGCUACGCUGGCAACGGCGGCUACGGGAACGGCGGCUACGCUGGCGGCCAGGGGAACGGCGGCUACGGCGCCGGUGCCUACAGCAACGGCACGUACGUAGGCGGGCACGGCAACGGCGUGUACGGCUACGGGGGCGGCGACGGGAUGUACCUCCCUUACGGGCGAGGCGCUGCCCCUAGCUACGGCAUGGGAGGCCGGCCGCUGGCGGCGGCGAUGCCGUCGACGAGCUAUGGCCUGGGCCGCGGCUGGGUCGCGGACGAGCACCUGCGCGGGGCGCCUCCUCCGCCGAUGAUCCUCCCGGAGGCGAUGCGGGCGGCGGAGGCGGCCGCGCACGAGGUGGUGCUUCGGCUGCACCCCACGGAGCCGGCGGAGCGGCGGCGGCACGAGAUAAUCGGCUACGCCAAGCGCCUCAUCGGCACCACCUUCGGCUGCGAGGUGCAUGCGUAUGGAUCAGUCCCGUUAAGAACCUACCUCCCCGACGGAGAUGUUGAUGUCACUAUUCUUACAAACACAUCUUUGGAUGGUACUUUCAUUGAACAUGUGCGCUGUCUACUUGUUUCAGAAAGGUGGAAUGAAGAUGCUCAGUUUAUAAUAAAGAAUGUUGGUUUCAUCGAUGCUAAGGUUAAGCUCAUCAAAUGUGUCAUUGACAAUGUUGUUGUGGACAUCUCCUUUAACCAAAUUGGUGGCAUCUCCACAGUAACUUUCCUUGAGGAGGUCGACCGAGUAAUUGGCAAAAAUCAUCUAUUCAAAAGGAGCAUUAUUUUAAUCAAAGCCUGGUGUUACCAUGAGAAGAGCAUCCAUGGUUCUAACAAAGGGCUAUUGUCUACAUACGCAGUGGAAGUGCUUAUACUUUACAUAUUGAAUCUGCACCACAAGUCUGUGAGUGGCCCAUUGGAGGUGUUGCACAGAUUUUUGGAGUUCUAUAGCAAGUUCGAUUGGGACAGGCAUUGUGUUACUUUAAAUGGUCCUGUGCCCAUGCCAGCACCCGGACGCAGCUUCACCGAGCCUGAUGCCUUCAGUGAUGAACUAUUACUGAGCAACGAGUCCCUCAAAAGCUCACUGGAUAGACUUAUUGUACUUCCAAUAGGUUCUGAUAGACCUGACGCAGAAUUCGUGCGGAUGUAUGUGAACAUACUUGACCCUCUGCAGGGGGGCAAUAAUCUCGGCAGAAGCAUCAGCGAAGAUGGCUCCAAGCGCAUAAAGCUUGCUUUUGAAUGUGGAGCACGGACUCUUGGACAAAUUCUCAAGCUACCUGCUGAACUUAUUCCUGAUGGAAUUUAUAGUUUUUUCGCAACCACGUUGGGUAGACAUGGAAGAGGAGAAAGACCAGAUCUCGGUGGUAGUGUCUUGUGCCGAUCCAUGCCUAAUUCUGGAAAUUUAAAUGGGAAAGAUGUGUCCAGCUUCGAAAAUUGUUACGUGGUUGAAAAUGAAAAGAGAAGUCCUAAUAGUUUAGUGGAGCUGGAUGACAAGGAAUCAGAUGUGAAAAUAAAUAAGCAUCAGAGUUCAGGUUUAACCAAUUUCAGGAGCCACUCACCCUCUUCCUCGGAGACUGGUAACAACAGCAUUAUUCAAUGCAAUCAUGAUUCUGCAACUAAUGCAGAUGUGCCCUUUGCUAGAUCAUAUAUCCAGCAAAAUCAUAUAGUGGCUUCCUCGACUCAGGCUAAUUCUUUGGAUGUUCCCUGUUAUUGUGUUGACAAGUCAAAUGGGACUGAUGUUAGUGAAGCAAAGCUGCAACUUCAUCCUUUCACACCAUCAAACCUACUGGAUCUCUCAGGAGAUCUAGGCUUGCCCUUGAAAUGCCUCGUGAGUUUUCAGUACAACAUCGAGGCCUUAUUUGAUAAGUUACUCGACUCAGUUAAAGAAGCAUCUUUGGCUGGCGUGCUAGAUGAGAACUGCUUCGAUGGUCCAAUUUCACGCUUCUUGUCAGAUUAUGAUGGACGGAAAUUAUCUACAGUUAAGCGUUCUCAGGGCACAAGAGAUGUUCCUCAGCAAUCAAUCACCGAGGCCCAAGCUGAUGUUUAUGAGUUUUUUUCUAGUACACAUAUUCCAUCCAGCGGAUUGCCAUCGUUUCCAGCUGCCGAGGCCUAUCAUCAUCCUUGGUUUGAAAACACAGAGGAUACUCCUCAGAGUUUUGAAGCCGGCAUGUACAUUCCUGACAUGAAUUUUUCAUUGCCCCCUAGAACAGAUACUCUGCCCAUGGGAUCAACGUUCAAUCCAGCUAUUGUAGUGGAAAAGGAGAAUUAUCCAUUUUCUUCGCCUUAUACGACAUGGGAUAACCGUAGGACACGUGGAACUGGCACAUAUAUUCCUAAAACGCCUCGUGAGUGGAAGGAGAAGUCAUGGUAUGAUAGAAGGCAAAAUCAGAGGCAACCAGAUCAGGUUAACCCAUGGAAUGGGCAUGCUGCCGUUGAAAGAGCACUGACAAAUGGUGGAAUCAAACAGUUGCCAACCAGCGAGACAAGAGAGAACGGUGAACAGAGGCAUGAAAAUGGAUCGAUGGAAAUGCGGACGCUUCCACCUCCAAGGAUAGUGCUUCCGCAGUUGCCAACCAGCGAGACAAGAGAGAAUGGUGAACAGAGGCAUGAAAAUGGACCGAUGGAAAUGCGGACGCUUCCACCUCCAAGGAUAGUGCUUCCGCAGUUGCCAACCAGCGAAACAAGAGAGAACGGUGAACAGAGGCAUGAAAAUGGAUGGAUGGAAAUGCGGACGCUUCCACCUCCAAGGAUAGCGCUUCCUCCUCCAAGGAUAGUGCUUCCUCAUCAUGGUGGCGGCAGCCAAAGAAAUCUUCCAGUAUCCAGUACCGGCCAGCCCUCUCCGCCUGCUGUCACAAUGGUUACACCUGCUGCCACAAUGGCUACACCUGCUGGCACAACGGCUAACAGUCAAUCGAUCACAUCGCAGCAACAUGAGAACCUAGAGUUUGGAACUAUAGGGCCUUUCUCGGCGACUAGCCUCACAGCUAAGUUCAUCGAAGAUUUCCCUCCUCUGGCUGGUACAAAGGUAGCAAUGAAGAGCCCUAAGGCUGGAGCCAGUGCGGCCAAAAGCUGGCCUGCUGAAGCCACAGGAGCAACAGUGCAGAGCCCUAAGGCCGGUGUGAGUGCGGCCCAAAGUAGGCCCGUAGAAGCCUCUGCAUCCACAGUGCCAAGUGAGAGUGCCGAUCCAUACAGGCCUGAAGGUUUUUUCAAACUGAAAGAUGAAGCGGACUUCCCUCCUCUCCAAGCUGGGACCCGCUAUAACACUGACUUCCCUCCUCUCCGAGCUGCAUCCCGUUGACACUCGCAGUACUUCAUCGUAGAGUUGAGAUGAGCAACUAAUCUUUACUGGUUGAGUGAUAUUGUGCUCGAAGCGAGCAUUUUCAUCCGACGGCAUAAACAGUUCCGACAGAUCGAGGCCAUUCAUCGUAAUGGCAUGUUGUGUGUGUUGUAGAAACUCUAAUAAUUUCCUCCCUUUUCUUACUGUUGUUAUUCCGUAGUCGGUAGCUCGUAGAAGAGAGUGGCUGUAGUGCAACUGUACAAGCACUAGUUUGCCUCCUCUGUAGCUCACAUAACCCCAAAAAAAAUAGAAAAA